ACUAAUAUUUGGAGAGAGGAAAACCAAGAGAUCAUGAGAGAGAGAAAGUAGAGAGAGGAGGCAGGGCGGGAGCGAGUGGCAAACAAGAAACACCGGGCACCAGGGAGGAUCACUUCUUACUACUUCUAUCAGUUUCCUGAUUCUCAUGGGGAGAAAGAUAUGUGGGGGAUUGUUCAGAGAUGGGGUAGAGUGUGAGAAAUUUUCAUUCCUUUGAAGAGGGAUAGAGCAGGGUUCAGGUUUGGCUUCGUAAGGUUCCUUGAUGUUAGGGAACCUAGAAGCCUGGAUAUGAAGCUAGACCAGAUUUACAUUGGUGAGGUGAAACUUUUUGUCAAUCCACCACGUUUCAGUAAAUAUGACUCAGGCUUCAUGCAUGAGAAAUAUGCUAUCAGAAAGGGGGCCACAGAAGGAACUUCCUUCGUCGGUGCUAGAAAAGUUGAGGGCUUCUAACUAAAAGAACCUACAAACAAGUUCUGGAGUCAGGCUCGGGUUCGAUAGGAAAAGAAUAGCUAGUGGCUGAGGCUAAAAAGUCCCGAAAGCUCUGGAGAAUUAAGGCAACAUGGUUCUCUGUGCAUGAGGAAGUCCUACUUCAGGAAGGGAAGGUUGAGACGUGAUUGUAGAGGAGUUUAGUGGGACUUGGAGAAAAUUGACUCUCUACAAGACUACUUCUUUCUAGAAGGCUUUAAAUCUAGUUAAGUGAGAUAAGUGGGAGAUAACUGGGUUCUUCUCUCCAGUGAGGAAAAUGCUCCCCUGCCAGAAAUCCUUAAAGAGGCAAAGGAGUGGAAGGAAGAGGUUUUUGAAGACGUUCGUCCCUGAAGUCCUUUCUUGUUCCCAUCUCUAGGAUCACCUAGAUACGAUGUGAAGGGCUACCCUUUCAUAUGUGGAGUUAGGACAGUUUUCAACAAUUAGUGUCAAAGUUUGGAACUUUAGUGGUCAUUGAUGAGGAUACUAUUUCUUUUAACAGAUUCUCCUGGGCAAGGCUAAGAGUCAGAACAACCUCUGAUGAUAAGAUUUCCCUUUUUAAAACAAUAUCUUGAAAUGCUCUUUUUUCAAGAUAAUAUUUUUUUGAAGAAGCUUGCUCUGCUAUGGGAACAAGUUGAUAAUAUUUAAGCCAGAGGAAGAAGAGGAUUCAGAUUAUGGGAGUUGGGCCCAGAAAGGGAUGGAGUUGGAUCCUAGUGUUUCCGAUGAGGAUUCAGAGGAAUGGAUUAGCGGCGCCGGAGUACAGAACGAGCCUUGGUCGAAGUUGGUAAGCGCUGAUGACGUAAUCAUGCAACAAAUCGAUGGAGAUGGUACAAAGGAAUUAAUGGCAAAACAUACAACACUACCUACGACUCUAGAUGUGUCCGACAGCCACCAACCCUUGUGUCAGUGUUUGGCUGAUUUUGUAAAGGUUUUUGGUAAGGUGGAUUCGAGGCAAAUCAAUAGAGUUGACCUUAUCCCCUUUAAGGUAGGAGCCAAUGACAAUUCUUCGGAGGUGGGCACCCGCUAGUCUCCUUGUGGGGAGACCGCAGGCCUUGCACGUGAGCCCCUUGUUGAUGCAAACCCAAUUCAAGUGCCUUCUGUUCUUGGGCCAGAACUCUUGGUGUCUACUGGUCCUUUUACACAACCUGGAGCGGCCCAUCUUGCUUUAUGCUCUACUGAUAGUCCAGAGCCUUCAGUGGUGGGUGAAAUAUAGGAUCCUGACCUCUACCUGUUGAGCAAACAUAAGCCAAUAGAUUCUUCAGUGGUUCAAACGAAAGCUAUAACGAGUAGAGAGAAAUGAUAUGUUCGAGAUGCAGAUAAGGUUCUCCGAGCAGGUGAUUAAAAGCAUGUAGAAGGACUUACUCGUGAGGAUGGCACUGGUGAUGAUUCCUCGGUUGUCUUGGGGACAAAGGCAAGGCAUGUUGCGUAUCUACCGGCGACGGAAGGGAGUGCCAACCCAGGAAGCCAAUUCGUGGAGGAUUUUGCAAUUCUAAUGGGGAAACCAGGUGUCCUGCAAUUCAACCUUCAAGUGUGUCUGAUUCCUCUAUGAGUGGGUCUCGAGGAGCUGUUAGGAGUGCUACACAUAGGAAACAUGUCCGUCAUUUUUUGCAUUCCUAUAGUAACUGUUUACCAGAUUCUGGAAUUCGUAACUGUUUCCCAGAUUCUGGAAUUCGUAACUGUAACAACUUGUCCUGGCUGAGAGACGAGCUUAAGGAAGCAACCAAACUCGAGGAGUUAGGUAAAUCUUUGGGCAUGAACCUGCAAGGCUGUGAAGAGAAUUUAAUGAAAGAGCUGAUGGAUUUAGAAAAGAGAGACAUUGUUGAAUAUGCCAAGAAAUCAGACCAAGGUCGAGGAGGGAGAUAAUCUAGUGAACUAUGAAGAUUCUAAGCUUCAAUGUGAGGGGUUUGGGGGAAGGGCGAAAAGAAGGGCGGUCAAGAGUUUAGUCACUUUUGAGGAUGUGGAUAUGCUGCCAGUCCAAGAAACAAAUUCUAAUUGGGUCAAUAACUCUUUUUGUAUGUUAAUUUGGGGAGAUGAUGGGAUGGAGUGAAGGGAAAUUGUGGUGGUGAAUAAAGUAGGGGGAAUUAUCAGUGUUUGGAAGGGCAAUGUUUUCACUGUAGAAGAAGUUUUCUCUUGUGACGAGUUCCUUCGGCUUAGGGGCAAGUGGAAGGGUAUCUCUUGCUUCAUAGUGAAUGUGUAUUCUCCUUCUGCAAUAGGAGAGAAGAUGCGAUUAUGGGGAGAUUUUGAAAUUGAGGUUUGGGGAUCAUAUUUGGUGCCUAGCGAGGGAUUUUAAUGCCAUUAGAAGCUUGAAGGAAAAGAAGGGGGUUCAAUCAGAAUGGGGGAAUGUAGCAUGGGUGAAGUGGGAGAGAGUGUGUAGACCAAAGGGGAAAGGGGGUUAGGCAUUAAAGAUGUGGAAGUGUUCACCAAAGCCCUGCUAGCUAAAUGGAGGUGGUGGUUUUUGAAGGAACAAGGAAGAUUGUGGGCUAGAGUUCUAAACUCUAAGUAUGGGUGUUUUGACCGGAGUUAUGAGAUGAGGAUUACGGGUAGGGAGUUCACAUGGUGGUGGGAUCUCUAUAACAUCUAUAAUGGGGGAGGGGGAUUGGCUCGAUCAUAAUGUUAGACGUAGAGUGGGGGAAGGAGUAAAUAAACUUUUUUGGCAUGAUAAGUGGGGAAGGAAGAUGAACCCCUGAAGAAUUGCUUUAAAAGACUCUUUGAUGUGUCUGACCAACAAUCUAACACAAUUAGAGACAUGGAGGAGUGGGUUGAGGGGGUUUGGAUUUGGAGGCUUCAUUGGAGGGUAUAGUUGUUUGUUUGGGAGAAUUAGUGGCUGGAGAAGUUGAUGCAAGCUUUGCCCAACUCGCUACCAAAACAUGGUAUUAGUGAUCUGUGGCGUUGGGGGACUCUUCAGACGGUUCUUUCACAGUUAAAUCUGCCUAUGAAGUCCAAUGUGAUCAAAGGUCUUUGGGUAGUUGUGAGGUGUUUGAGAAGCUCUAGAAAAUUGCUGCACCAGCCAAUGUGUUAGCAUUCAUUUGGCGGGUCUUAGUGGGUCUGAUUCAAACAAAAUUUAAUCUUAUGAAGAGAAACAUCAUUUCUGUGGGGCUUGAUUGCAUUUGUGCUUUGUGCCAAGACAAAAUAGAAAGUAUAAACCAUUUCCUCUUUUCUUGUAAGUUUGCUUGGAAUUUUUGGUCGAAAUGCUACUGCAGGCUGGGGGUUCAUACAAGUUUUCAGGAGGAUGCUAACUCACAUUUUCUACAUGGACAUGUACGUGUUGGACAAUAAAUUCAAGGAAGGGUGGUGGACAGUUUGGGCUGCAACCAUAUGGUCCAUAUGGUUACAAAGAAAUGAUGUGAUCUUUAAUUCUGGGGCUAUUGAUGUGGAGAAGGUGAUGGACCUAAUUAUAUUCAGGUCUUGGAAAUGGUUGAAAUGUAAGAAGAAGAAUUUCAUAUACUCCUCCUGAGAUUGGUCUUUGAAUCCACACAUUUGCUUGGCAGUGGGCGUUAAUUGGAACUAACAGAUGGGGGAAUCUUCUUUUGGGUUUGCUACUCUCGUGACCAUGCUCUUGUUGAUGUUGGUUUCCGUUUUGCUGCUACGUGCCUAACUCAAACAGCCUAUAUCAGUUGUUAUGGAAGCACAAUUUCAAGGGUGGUUUUGGCUUGGAAUUUGGUACUUGAAUUUCCCUGGCUUCGUUGGUGUUUUGGUCCUUGUGUCGGUUGUGACCUUGGAGUUAUUGAUUUUUUCAUCCUAGUUGCCUUUUGCCCCUCGCGUGUCUACUGCUGAGGCUUUUCUUUGGGCUGCUCUGAUGCUUCUUUUUUCCUUAUGUUCUGUUUUUAUGUUUCUCUCCCCGUUUCUUUGGGCUUCUCUGAUGCUUCUUUUUUCCUUUUUUGUUCUGUUUCUAUGUUUCUCUGCCUGUAUCUUUGUACUGAGGGUUGUGACAUCCCUUUAAGUGCUGUACUAUUCUUUAAUUUAUUUUGACAAUCCAAAAAAAAAAUCUAAAAAUAAUGCGUGCGUGUGAAUUUUUUUUAUGUUAGUUAUACAAAUAUUCUUCAAUAUACCCUUUACCCUACAUCAGCUGUGAUUCAAACUAUUUAAAAGAUCAUUAAUUUAGAUUAGUAAGAGGUUUGGGAGAAUAUGAAAUUGGUACCUAAGGUUUUGCAAUGCAUUGUACUCUACAUAAAAAGCACACGUAUCAUAUAAAUUAUACUAUAAAGUCAUUAUUAAACUUAAUUUUCUUUAUUGUUGAAGGUGGUGCUUCUUCAAAAGACGCAGCCAACAUCAUUGGUGAAAGUAAUUUUGGAGAAGUAACAUCUACUCCAUCAAAAGGGACUACAAGACGGGGAAAAUCAAAAGCUAGACCAAAAUCUGUUAAAAGUGGAGUCAAAGCAAAUAAAAGGCCUAAACAAGGACAGGCUAGCCCAUUUUACAAGCCAACCAAGCCUCGCCAUUUCAUUGGUUACAUUAUUUGCAAGGAAUAUAAUGGAGUAAGAUUUUUGGGAACUGUUGCUUCCUACAGCCCCAAAAAGAAACUGCUGAAAAUUGAGUACGAAGAUGGCAGGGCAGAAUAUUUGAAGCAAAAUGAGGUUGUGAAAUAUACGGCAACGGAUGAAGAUAUAGAAGAGGGUAAAAAAAGAUGUCCAUCAAGGCAGAAGAAAAGGGGAAAAAUCAGGAAAGGCUCAAUAGUAUGAAGACAUCUAUGCAAAUGGAGGAAGAAACCUAGCUUCUUAGAAGCAUUUAUAUCCUAAAACUUCCAUUCGAUGAUUGUCUAUGUGUAAGCUAUCCUUAAUCGCUGUAUGUUGUAGUUUGCCUCAAAUGAUGGCAAAAACUUGGUAAACUGGUGCUACUUUCCAAGACUUGAUUUAAAAUUGUUAUGGAACUUAGAUUUCUUUAUACUUGUGCUUAUGGUGGGAGUUGACUUUCAAGGAAGUUAAGGCUUGUAUUAAUUAAGCAUAUAUCAUUUGAAGGAUUGGACUCAGAAUGUAAGACUUGUGAUUAAGUA